CUUUGACAUCUGCUGUCUGACGGCUCAGCAAUCUCCAGAUCUUGUUGCGCAUGUCAUUUAGCUUUUUUCUUUUGCUUUUUUGUCGUUGUUGCAGUUUCUUGAUCCUUUGCGACGCUUAUGUUAUCCUCCCCCUUUUCCUCCUGGCCUCCCUCCUGCGACACUGCGUCCCCGCUGACGGGCCUGUCCGCCAAGCUUUCAUCUGCGGACAGCUUGCUUCUCCGCCUAUACCCAUCCCAUCGCGAACCGGCCCGCGCGCACCCAUCGAUCGAGUACACAGUAAACCUAAGCUAGCAGUCUCAUACGCAUUUUCUUAUACCAAUUGCAUCACGGCUGUUCUCUAGGAUCUACCCUACAUCUUUUCUUUUUUUGUAUACGCCAUCCUGCGACCUUCUUCCUUGGAUACCUCAGCCACAUUUGUCAUAGGAACGUACACGAGAACGAACCGAUACUACGCAACCUUGGAUCCCCGCGCGCGCGCGCGCGUCCCGCUGGCAUGGGCUUCUUCAGCGCCUUGGCGGCAAAUGCCGCUCCCAUAUUCCUUACCGUCUCGCCCAUCUUGUCAUACAGUGACCAGGCGUGGUCGAUGCACAAGGCGAGGUCGAGCGCCGGGUUUUCACUGGAUAUUCCUCUCAUUUUGAUAGUGGCUUCCUUGCUUAGGAUAUUCUACUACCCCGGCGCCCAGUUCGACCAAGCCCUGCUCGUACAGGCCGUCACAAUGGUGGCCAUGCAGACGAUCCUGCUCAAGGUCGCACUGGACCACCGGCCCGGCCCCUCCCACAAGGGCGGCGACGCCGCGGCGCCCUUUGCCAGCUCGCAGGGCGGCGCGCUGCAAGACUUCAAGCGCCCGUACAACUUUUGGCAGUGGCGGUCUCACAAGCCGUACUGGCAGUUCAUACUGUACCUGUUCAUCGGCCUGACCAUCCUCGAGCUCCUCCUCGCGCCGCUCCACUCCGUAUACGCUCUCUACUCGCCUCUGGUCGGCUACCUCGGCCUGGCCGCCGAGGCCACGGUGCCGUUCCCGCAGAUGUACGCCAACGCCCGCACCCGGUCGUGCAGGGGGUUCCGGCCCUCCAUCAUCGUCAGCUGGAUCAUGGGCGACUGCAUGAAGAUGUGCUGGUUCUUCACCUCGCCCACCGAGAUCCCCGUGGCCUUCAAGGUCUGCGGCGUGUUCCAGGCCGCGUGCGACCUCUUCCUGGGCAUGCAGUAUCUCCAGUACGGCACCGGGGGCCCGGAGCCGUCCUCGAAGCGGGCCGUCGGGCUCGGGCUCGACGACGGCCACGGCCACGGCCACGGCCACGGCCACGACCACCAUCACCAGGGCCAUCAGAUGCAGCACCUCGCCCCCAACUAUGGCUACGGCGGCGGGAGCAGCUUCAAGUCGCCCAACGGACAGCUCGCGGCCGGGUUCGGGGAACCUGCGACGGGUCGUCGGACGCCCAACCCGGACAAGGGCAUGCUGGACUGAGCCAACACGCCAACCCUUAUCGGGUGAAGGAAUCAUUGGAGUCGUCCGGAGAAUAUGCCGCGUCGAGGAACGGAGCUUAUGAUCGAUACCACGGCUCAGUCCCGUUCCUGUGCCGCCAUCACAGCCGAGCCGAUCGAUUUCCUGGGGGAGCCAUCCCGUGGCCAUGUGGCAACUGCAUGGGUAAUCCCGAACCAGCACUAGCGGUGGAGCUUUUUGGCCUGUCGCUAGAAUCUGUUUCUAUGCCCUUUUGGGCGCCCAUGACGCGAGGCCGCCGGGCUGGGGCUGGAGAUUGGCCGUGUCUUGGAGUGAAGCAGAGUUAGCGGGUACUUCCAGCCUCCUGCACAAAUCACGCGGCCGUGCAGUUAGAAGAUACUAGAACAUAAAAUAAAUAGAUAGAAUAGUAACAUGAGCUUUGGUGAUUUUUUUGCGAGUCUG